CAUAAAUCCCAGACGAGUUGUUUGUUAUGAAGUAAACGUUAAGCGUCCCGGCGCCUGCCCACAAUUUUUUGAAAGGAGUUUAAUAUCCACAAACAUCAUGAAACUCGUAAGGUUUCUUAUGAAGCUUAGUCAUGAGACUGUCACCAUUGAGCUGAAGAAUGGCACCCAGGUGCAGGGUACAAUUACUGGUGUGGAUGUGGCAAUGAACACUCACUUAAAGAGUGUGAAAAUGACCCUCAAAAAUCACGAUCCGGUUAGUUAUGAUACUCUGACCAUAAGAGGCAACAACAUUCGUUAUUUUAUCUUACCAGAGUCUCUCCCACUAGAAAAUCUUCUGAUUGACGAUGGUCCCAGAGCAAGGAGGGGGCGGUCAGAUCGAGGACGUGGUCUUGGUGGUCGGGGUCGUGGGCGUGGCGGACGUGGACGAGGUCGUGGUGGUCCACGAGGCAGAGGCCGAGGUGGUCCACCACGCCGUUGAGAGAGUUUAAAAGUGAACAGUUUGUACAAAGGAUGUGACAAACGAUGUGUGAAGUGUGUUGAUUUUUUUAUGUCAGAUUUUGGAUGGUGUCAAAAUGAAGCAUUCAUUUUUAGUUGCUGUACACAAUAAAUAUUUGAAAAAUAAUACAGUACAGGAAAAUUCUAGUUUUCAUCAUAUCAGUAUAGAAUCAAUUUUUAAGUUUUCUAUGCUGUUGAUGAUUUUUAAGUGCAUCAUUCAUACCUGUAAAUUUCUUCAUCCAUUUGGUGAGAAAAUGCUUGAAAGUAAGAAAUAAAUGUUACAUUCAUAUAUUAAACACUUGAAGCUAAAGUAAUACAUUACUGUGUUUGGCUGAAUCAAGAGUUUUGAUAAUUUCUUUGUAUGUGUAAGUAUUUUAUGUCAUUCCUGUUCAAUAUGAAAUAGGCUUCAUGUUCCAAAGGAGUUAGCAUAGUCAUUUAUGUGAAUGUAAAGUCAUUACACCACAGUCACAUUUUUGGUAACUGUCAAAAUAUAUAAUUAAGUUUUGUAUUAA